AUGCAGCACAAGCGCAAGCUCUCGGAGCAGGGCCCCGGCCAAGACCCCCACGCGAAACCCCGCCUGAGCGCGAACCUCCGCAAGGCGCUGUUCUCCAGCGGCCGCAAGCGCUCCAAGACGGCCGCAUACACGGCGCCCAAGGAAGAGGAAAUGAGCGAGCUGGUCAACUUCAUCCUCGACCACGAAGAGGCCUUCCAGAGUCGCGCCCGCGUCGCCUCGCUGUACGCCGACUUUCGCUCGCAAGCACACACGAACCCGGAAGGCUUCCAAGCCAACCUCGCCGUCUGGAAGAAGGCCCUCACAGACGCAGCCCUCGCCGGCGUCAUCCCGUCACAGGGCGGCACCCACGAUCUCUUGUCCAUCCGCAUCGGCGAAGAGCUUAUCCGAGCGCUGCAACACAGGGAGCAUGGCAAGCCGACCUGUCUCCCUGCAGUCUUCCACGAUGCGGUCAAGAAGAGGGACUUCGUUCCUCGUCGCGACUUCUUGAACUCCCAGACUUCCAUAUACAAGCAGUCGUGGGUGCCGUCCAUCUCCGGCCUUGCACAGUGGGCCUUGCAGAAGCUUCUCGGUUCGCCCGACCCCGAUAAGCUGCCCGUCGGGGACUUUGUCGUACUGAAGAAUGUUGAGGUCGCUGCGAACGAGAUCCUUAAGCGGAUGAAAGAGCAGACACAUACGUCCACGGCCGACCGCAUCCUGUCCAGGACAACCUUCCUGAAGCGCUUCUCGAGGGUGCUCAAUCCUGCUGCGCCGCUUACCGCCAACGACCUCAAUGUGCUACUGCUACACAUGUGCCGAGAUAAGCAGGCCCUCGCUUUCAACGCGCAAACUAUCAAGUUCAGAGCAGAAACCGAGACGGAGCUGACCCCGGUUUCCGAGGAAGACACCGCCCUAGCCAAUCUCCGGGACGCCGCCGACAAGGUCAAUGCCCAACUACCUGCUCUGCAGGAAAAGAUCGCCGAAGCAGAAUUGGACGCUCGCGAAGCUGUGCGGGCCAAGCACACGAUUCGUGCCAAGGCUGCCCUUAAGUCCAAGAAGCUUGCUGAGCACGCACUCGCAGAACGCUCGCAUAUAGCGCUCGAGCUUGAAGAGGCAUUUAUGGGCCUCCAACGCGCGGCCGACCAAGUACAUAUCGUCGAGGCCAUGAAGGCUGGUGCCGAAGCUAUGAAGGGCCUACACGAGAAGGUUGGCGGUGUGGAGGGUGUCCAGAACGUCAUGGAUGAAGUGAGAGAGCAGACGGCUACCGUCGACGAGAUCACGAGCAUCAUUAACGAAUCCGCCACGGCUGUCGACGAGGGCGAACUUGACGAGGAAUUCGAAGCUCUCGAGAAGGCCGAGAGGGAAAGGAAGGAGAAAGAGGAGGCCGAGAAGACCGCCGCACGUCUUGCCGAGCUCGAGGAGGUUGAGAAGGCACGGAAAGACAAAGAAGCCGCGCAGAAGAAAGAGAAAGAGGCGGAAGAGGAGCGGACAGAGCAAGAGGUUCAAGAGGCGGAAGAGGACCUGUCGAAGCUGUCGUUUGCACAGGAGGACGAGGACGCAGACGAGGAGCCACCCCAGAAAGAGAGAGAGCGGGCCCUAGUCGCGGCGUAA